CAUUCUGCCAGGGCAUGAGUAAUGAUAAACACACACACAUUCACUUGUUCAUCUACAGGACGGCCACAAUGCUCCACAGUAAAAGAGGUUGUUAGAAGAGGUUGUUAUCUUCACACAGACUUUGGUCAAACUCACAUCUCAGGAUUUUUUGGGGCUGUUUCCGCAGCGAUGAUCUUCACAGCAGAGCAGGUGGCUUGUGUGUGUGAGGUCCUUCUGAAGAGCGGUUGCAUGGAUCGUCUUGCUGGCUUCCUCUGCACUCUACCUCCUCUUUCCCUCUCCUCCUCCUCUGUUUGCCUUGGGGAGCUGGAAAGCGUGCUCAAAGCUAAAGCCGCAGUGGCCUUUCACCAGGGCCACUUCACUGACCUCUACACCGUGCUGGAGGGUUUCCCCUUCUCCCCACGCAGCCACCCCCUCCUGCAGCAGCUCUGGCUAGGAGCCCACUACAUGGAGGCCGAGAGGCAGAGGGGCCGGCCCCUGGGAGCUGUGGGGAAGUAUCGCGUAAGGAGGAAGUUUCCUCUACCACACACCAUCUGGGAUGGAGAGGAGACCAGCUACUGUUUUAAGGAAAAAUCACGGACAAUACUCCGGGAGUGGUACCGCCAUAAACCCUAUCCCUCUACCCGGGAGAAACGGGAGCUAGCAGCAGCCACGGGCCUGACAACCACUCAGGUCAGCAACUGGUUCAAGAACCGCAGGCAGAGGGACAGGACCACGGAUGUUAAUGGUUCCCAACCCUUACUCCCUGAAUUUCAGUCCUUGCUGUCUGGUUCCCGUCUAAGAUGUCCAUCUGUAAGGAGUAACAGGUACAAGUACUCCUUUAUACCUGCAGCCAUUUCCUUCCUGAAUAGGGGUCAGGGGAGGAGUCUUCUUUGAUCUCUUGGCUACCUCAUUUCAUCCUCUUUCUUUAUUCCUUGGUUGGUUAUAUAUUCUAGUCUGUUGACUAUGUGUUGAGGAUGUCAGAAUCGUUGAUAAAAGGGGUUGGUGAUGUAAUGUAAUGGAUGCUGAUGUUGUUGACGAUGGUCAUUGAUUAUAUUGUGUCAACUUUGUAGGCUGAUAUGCACUUUUUCCUACCCUAUGUAGGUUCCUUUGACGCUGCUAUCCAUGCACCUUGUACUGGUAUUUAUUUGUCCUCGUACUGUUACGGUUGUGUUCCAGUUGGAGUGUGUGUAGAACUUGUAUGUUUUUAUGUGUCUUGAAUUGUAAGAAUUAUACAAUUUCAAGCACAGACCUUGUGGUCCAUUGACAAUUUUGCCAUUGUUGUAAGUGUUCUCCUGUUUGUCUUGUCCUGAGACCAGGUGAAAGUAGACAUAUUGGUUUGUCUC